AUUACGUUUAUGUCCAGCUCACGCCUCCGGCCACGCCCCGGUCUGGCCUCGCCCCUUCCCGCCCUGCAGCGCUGCACGCACCAGUUUAGUGCGCGAGUGGGCGGGUCCUAGCGGUGCGGCCUGACGCGACCCGGGCGGCGGGAGUGUGCGAUUGUUUCCUCCGCGGUGGCCCGGGUGGUACGCACUUGGUGUAGAGUAACAUGGCGGAUGCGGAAGUGGGUACUUUGCCAAAGAAGCAUAAGAAGAAAAAGGACCGAAAGUCACUACCAGAAGAAGAUAUAGCUGAAAUACAACAUGCUGAAAUAUUUCUUAUCAAACCUGAAUCUAAAGUUGCUCAGUUGGACACAUCUCAGUGGCCACUGUUGCUAAAGAAUUUUGAUAAACUGAAUGUGAGGACAACACACUACACACCUCUUCCUUCAGGUUCAAAUCCUCUGAAGAGAGAGAUUGGGGACUAUAUCAGGACAGGUUUCAUUAAUCUUGACAAGCCCUCUAACCCUUCUUCUCACGAGGUGGUAGCCUGGAUUCGACGAAUAUUAAGGGUAGAGAAGACAGGACACAGUGGUACUCUGGAUCCCAAGGUGACUGGAUGUUUAAUUGUGUGCAUAGAACGAGCCACUCGCUUGGUGAAAUCACAGCAGAGUGCAGGCAAAGAGUAUGUGGGAAUUGUCCGGCUACACAAUGCUAUUGAAGGGGGGACCCAACUUUCUAGGGCCCUGGAAACUCUGACUGGUGCCCUAUUCCAGCGACCCCCCCUUAUUGCUGCAGUGAAGAGGCAACUCCGAGUGAGAACCAUUUACGAGAGCAAAAUGAUUGAAUACGAUCCUGAAAGAAGAUUAGGAAUCUUCUGGGUGAGUUGUGAGGCUGGCACCUACAUUCGGACGCUGUGUGUGCACCUUGGUUUAUUAUUGGGAGUUGGUGGUCAGAUGCAGGAACUUCGGAGGGUUCGUUCUGGAGUCAUGAGUGAGAAGGACCAUAUGGUGACAAUGCAUGAUGUACUUGAUGCUCAGUGGCUGUAUGAUAACCACAAGGAUGAGAGUUACCUGCGGCGAGUCAUUUACCCUUUGGAAAAGCUGUUGACGUCUCAUAAAAGGCUGGUUAUGAAAGACAGUGCAGUAAAUGCCAUCUGCUAUGGGGCCAAGAUCAUGCUUCCAGGUGUUCUCCGAUAUGAGGACGGCAUCGAGGUUAAUCAGGAGAUUGUGGUCAUCACCACCAAAGGGGAAGCAAUCUGCAUGGCUAUUGCAUUAAUGACUACAGCAGUGAUCUCUACCUGUGACCAUGGUAUAGUAGCCAAGAUCAAGAGAGUGAUCAUGGAGAGAGAUACUUACCCCCGGAAGUGGGGUUUAGGUCCAAAGGCAAGUCAGAAGAGGCUGAUGAUAAAGCAAGGCCUCCUGGACAAGCAUGGCAAACCUACCGAAAGCACGCCUGCCACCUGGAAGGAGGAGUAUGUUGAUUACAGUGAUUCUGCCAAGAAAGAUGUGUUUGUUGAAACAGUAAAAUCUCCACCAGUAGUUGCUGAAAUGGUGAAAGACCCACAGGUAGUUGCCAAAGCAGUAAAAGCCUCAAAGCGAAAGCGAGAGAGUGAGAGUGAAAGUGAUGAGACACCUCCAGCAGUUCCCCAGUUGAUCAAGAAGGAAAAGAAGAAGAAGAAGGAGAAGAAGGCCAAAGCUGUUAUAGAGAGUGGGGGCGAGCAUGGAGGUGGGGACAGUGAUACUACCAAGAAGAAGAAGAAGAAGAAGAAGAAAGCAAAAGAACUAGAACGGGUUUCUGAGUAGUGAGGGCUACUUCAAGCAUGAUGUCUAAGUGGGAGGAGAAAUUAAAGCCUUAUUAAGAAAACAUUGUUCCUUUUGUUGCUGAGGGAAUGGAACAUAGAUCCUAGAUAGGGUGGAGAGUUUUGGCACAUUUUAGCUGCUGUUUGAGACCUUGGUGUUGUUACCUGGUGUGGUCAUCCAGCUUGUCCUGUUUUAAGGAUAUAGGUGAUAAAAUAGGCAGAUUUUAUGCCAAUGACUUCUCUGCUUAUUUGAGUUGGGAAGCCUCACCUUCAGACCCAGGAACUGUCCACAGCUGUCUGUUAGUGGCUGUUUUAAAAACAUAGUCCUUUCCUAGUCUGCUCUUCCUUUUUUACCCCAUCUUUUUAAAAUGUUUGUAAAAAGUUAAAUCUACUCUAUGAAAUGGUGUAUAGAACCCUCAGUAAGUGAAAGAAGAGUGUAACUGAAUUAUGUUCACUGGGGAAAAUCUUGUCUCCAAUGUCCUGUGCAGACAGUGGUUUCUUCUGGUGUCUGGGUUAUAGGCCUGGCAGUUUUCCAUGUUGUAUGUGGCACGGCAGCCAGUCUUUUCAUGCACUUCUCCAAAGCUUGUAUGUGUCAACAUUCACCUAAAUCCAUCUGGCUAUUCGUGUUUAUGACAGAAACCGAACCAUUCCUAUACCCUUUUAUUUUAGCCCUCAUUUACUUUUAAAGAAGGAAAUUGUUCAUUGCUGAGAGAAGAAUUGUAAUUUUUACUUAUUAAAGUUGACUCAUUUAAAGUUUUAAAA